CUCGCCGGUCAGCAGCUCACACCGAGAGUGUGCCAGAGAGAGAAGAAAGGAGCUUGUGUUAGCAGCAUGUGUAGUGAUCGCUAGCAAUGCACGAACAACUCCAGUAAAUGGCGCGUUUUAAAAGGAUUUUAUUUCAACCGCUGCUGUUUCUCGCAGUAUUUUUGCCAGGUGUUUUGUGUUUCAGUGAGUUAUUUUUCGUUAAGGAGCCCCGCGAUGUGACAGUCCUGCGUAAGGACGUAGUGAUUAUGGACUGCCAGGCUCAGGGCGAGCUUCCAAUCCGGAUCCGUUGGCUGAAAAACGGAUCUCCUGCCGUUGAGUCGGACCGCGUCUACCAACUUUCCAACGGAUCGCUCUUCAUCUCGGAGACCGAGAGUCGAAAAGGAGAGAAAUCGGACGAAGGGUCAUACCAGUGCCUUGCUCAGAACAAAUACGGAGCUAUCCUGAGCCAGAAAGCUCGUCUGACUAUCGCAAGUAUUUCCACAUUCACCCAGCAGCCUUCCUCCAUAGUCGUGACGGAGGGUUCGGUCGCACGCUUCACCUGCAAAAUCAGCGCCGUACCUCCACCAAUCAUCACCUGGGAGUUCAACCGAGUCACCUUACCGCUGGCCACCGACAGAAUCACGGUGCUGCCCGGCGGAGUGCUGCAGAUCCAGGGAGUAGACCAAAGGGACGCUGGGAAUUACCGGUGCGUGGGCGCAAACAUCGCCAGCCGUCGCCGGAGUGCGGAGGCCGCGCUGACUGUAAUGCCAGCUCCUUCUCCCAGAAUUCCCCAGCGCCCACUCAUCAUCGCCGGGCCGCGGAACCUCACCGUGAGGGCUCGCGGCAGCGCUCUCCUGGAGUGCGUGGCGGUGGGGAAUCCUCGGCCGCUGAUCUCGUGGAGCCGUGCCGACCACAGGCCCAUCGACGUCUAUAACACCAAAGUGCUCGGCAACGGCAACCUGCUCAUCUCCGACGUUAAGAGGCAGCACGCGGGCGUGUACGUGUGCCGGGCCACGACGCCGGGCACCAGGAACUUCACGCUCGCCGCUGCCAACGUCACCGUGCUCGAACCCCCGUCUCUGGUGGAGUGGCCGGAGAGCCUGACCCGUCCACGCGCCGGCACCGGGCGCUUCGUGUGCCAGGCCGAGGGCAUGCCCACGCCCCGCAUCACCUGGCUUAAAAACGGAGAGCCCGUGCACUCCAACGGACGCAUCAAGAUGUACAACAGUAAGCUGGUGAUCAACCAGAUUAUCCCAGAGGACGACGCGAUUUACCAGUGCCAAGCCGAGAACGAGCAGGGCUCGGUUCUGUCCACGGCGCGUCUCAUCGUGGUGAUGUCGGAGGACCGGCCCAGCGCGCCCAGGAACAUCCACGCCGACACCGUGUCCAGCUCGGCCAUCCUGCUGGCGUGGGAGAGACCGGCGUACAACGCGGACAAGGUCAUCGCCUACUCCGUCCACUACAUGAAAGCAGAAGGUCUUAAUAACGAAGAGUACCAGGUUGUCAUUGGCAACGACACCACCCGCUACAUCGUCGACGACCUGGAGCCAUCACAGAACUACACAUUCUACAUUGUAGCGUACAUGCCUAUGGGAGCCAGCCGAAUGUCCGACCACGUCGUCCAAUACACACUCGAGGAUGUUCCUCUGCGUGCCCCAGAGCUGUCCCUCACCAGCCGCAGUCCCACGGAUAUCCAGGUGUCAUGGCUGCCAUUGUCGCCGAAGCUGAGCCGCGGCCGCGUUUCCGCGUAUCGUCUGUGGUACCGCGCCGGCUCUGAGGGAUCCACCACGCAGUUGGAGCUGCCCGGAGACCAAACCCAUCACCUGCUGGAGGGCCUCCAGCCCGAUACCGUCUACCUUCUGAGGAUUGCCGCCUCCACCAGCAUGGGCUGGGGAGAGCCGAGCGCCUGGACCUCCCACAGGACCCCCAAGACCUCCAGCAGAGAAGUGCCCCUGGCGCCGGAGCUGCAGUUGGAGCCCCUGAACUGUACGACUCUGGCGGUGCGCUGGCGUUUGGCUGCGGGGAGUUCUGUGGCCGGCCUUCAGGGAUUCCGACUCUUCUACCACGAGGAGAGCCAACCCGAGAGCCCGCCCAUGCAGAUACCACCCCACAUCAACCGCCACACCAUCGGAGGCCUCGACCCCAGGAAGAAAUACCACGUCAAGCUCCUGGCCUUCAGCUUCGUCGGCGAGGGUUACCAGGCCGAUCGCACCAUCAGCACACCGGGAUGCGUCUCGGUGCGCGAUCGUCUGGUGCCUCCUCCUCCUCCACCGCAUCACGUGUUCGCGCGAGCCAACGGCUCCUCCUCCGUCUUCCUGCACUGGGCCCAGCCCGCCUUCAGCAGCGCACAAACCGUCAACUACACGGUGCGCUGCAACCCGGUCGGCCUCCAGAACGCCUCGCUCGUCCUCUACUUACAGACCGGGGCUCAGAGUCUGCUCGUGAAGGACCUGCAGCCGAACACUCGCUACGAGUUCGCCGUGCGCCUGCACGUGGAUCAGCUGUCCAGUCCCUGGAGUCCCGUGGUGUAUCAGAGCACGCUGCCGGACGUCCCGGCUCUGCCCCCCGCGGGAGUCAAAGUCACUCUGAUCGAAGGAGACACGGCGUUGGUGUCAUGGAAAGCGCCGAACGAGCCGAACGUCGCCGUGACGCGUUACACCAUCCUGUACGCAUCACGCAAAGCGUGGCUCGCGGGCGAAUGGCAGAUCCUGCAGAGAGAGGGAAGCAUCACCAUGGCUUUGCUGGAGAACCUGCAGCCGGGUAACGUGUACCUGGUGAAAGUGUCAGCGUCCAAUCAGAUGGGAGAUGGGCCGUUCUCACCUGCCGUGGAACUGACGCUCGGCGCUCACGGGCAACCCGAACGCACCGGCCGCCCUCACAGCUCCGCCCACGCCACGGUGUUUUCGGAUCUGGACCAGCACUCGAUGGUGGGUGUGGUCGUUGGUGUGUGUAUUGCUCUCACGUGCAUCACCAUCUGUGCCUUUAUCCUGGUGUGUCGCGAGAAAGCCAAGAAAUCCUGCACCAGCAAAAUCAUCAGGCCCAGACAAGGUCAAGCUCCGCCCACGACGUCUCACACGGCCGACGAAAAUCAAGCUGAGAGUGCACACAUCCUGGUGCCCGUGAUGAGAGAACACUUUAUCGAUGCAAAGGGCGGGACGGAUUUGAUUAUAAACAGUUACGGCCCUGUCGGACCCUCGGCCGAGAGGAAGAAGGCACAGAAGCGGGGUUUGUUUAGGAAGGAUGAGAAGCGGGUGAAGAAGUCUCCCGUCUGCUCCUCGUCCACGUACCAGACGGGUUCGACCCUGCUCCGUUACUCCGUCGAGUGUCCAGGAAGUCCGUCGCUGCAGCAGCCCUCGUCCCUGCACACCCUGCUGGGGCCACCGGGGGGCGACAGCGAGGGCUCGCACUCCAGCGAGGGCAGCCACGAGACCGGCGACUCCGGACGCUACUCGCGCGACGAACACGACCUCGCCAACCUGUCGUCGGGAAGCCCGGGAGGAAGUCCCAGUCACGUGACCGAGGAGCACGCGCCGCAUCUCGCCAUCGAGCUGGAGGAAGUGACAUCACCGUCUACCAGUCAGGAGUGAUCAUCAGCUACGGAUCAUCGCUGAUGCACCUCUUUUAUUUUUUUCCUUUUUCUUUUUAAAGUUUAAAAGAGAGACAGAGAGAGAGAGAAACUCACCCACCGUGAAUGUUUUAAAGAUUUCGUCCAUGUAAUGUGAAGUGUGAUAUCGGGCGUUAUGUAAGCGAGCGUAUCACUGGAGAAGGAUUACGUCGUUAACAGCCGAAGGAAGGGAAAAAAAACAGUUUGCUGAUCUGAUUUAAACGGGUCGAAAGGUUUUGGGCUGUUUAAAGGAACUCGCAGGAACAGAGUCGCAUUAAUCCUAACUGGUGGCCUCCCACCACCAUGUCCGUCCAGUUUAAUAUAUUCACCAGCCACUUCUAACCCCGUCGUCACGACAACAGAUACUUCCUGAUAGCAAUAAUGUUGCUCCUGUUUGUUCUUGUCUGUCUGUCCGUCUGUCUGUCCGUCCGUCCGUCUGUCCGUCCGUCUGUCCGUCCGUCUGUCUGUCCGUCCGUCUGUCUUGCACGGGGAUCGUAAGGGCCUCGGACUUUUCCGUUACCUCCUCCUACCUCAAAGUUAUCGAACGUCGAAAUGUUUCGACUCUUAUUUAAUCUUCUCCUCGUCACGCAGUUCUCAGGUUCGCGUUACGAUUGUGUGUGUGUGUGUGUGUGUGUGUGUGUGUGUGUGUGUGUGUGUGUGUGUGUGUGUGUGUGUGUGUGUUUUUUUUUCCUCAAUUCUCCAGGUCCUUACAGUUCCCGUCUUAAACUACCUCGUUUUUAAGUGUUAUUAUUAACGUGUCGUGUUUUUCGUUUUUUUUUCUUUCUUCUUUUCCUCGACUCAGGGACUCAAGGUUUUAGUACGUGCGUAACGCCGUGACGUGACGUGACGUGAAGCGCGCACGGUUUGUUCGACAGGGUAUCUUUAUGGAGCUCGCGCUCGGCUUCUUCCUUACCGCUGACCUCCGAUGAAUGUGUGUACAGUAUUUCCUCAGUAUUUUAUUUUGAAAGGAACAAGGAAAGGUCUUUCAGUAGGAGUCAUACUCUCAUAUCUGCGCAAGAUAUGAUUUCACGUCUGUAGCGACUUCGUUUAGCGCAGCAAACUUUCAGGAGUCACUCAAGCUCUAAAAUGCUUUCCCGGACUCGUAGGUUUUGGGUGUGUUAUUCCUUCUUUUUUUAAAUAAUAAUAAUAAUGGCCUUAAGAUGGAGUCAGUGAGGAGUCCGAGAAAGAGAUUAUUUCUGUAGAAAAGUAGAGUGAGGUGAAGAAAUGCAGAAACACACGUCUUACCUCAAAUCUCUAGGUUUCCCCCCUCAGCGUAUGUGUAUGUAUGUGUACUACUGAGUACUGAUUUCUAGUUUUGACCUUUAAUAGAGUUGAUGCUAUUGUAGGUAUAGAAAUGUGAGUUUAGCACUUGUUGUUGUUGUUUUUUUUUGUCUUUCAAAUCGUUGUAGUCGUUUUUGUAGAACUUGUGCAACGGUGACACACGCCAUCAUCGUAAGAGCCGUUUGCUGCUUCUGUUGUUUUUUUUUUAGCGUCUUUUUGCUGCUCACUGGGACGACGUGAUGAUGACAAUGAGUUUUCCUGACAGCCAGACCAAAGAUGAGCGUCCCAGUGACGAGCGAAACGCCGCCGGGGUACCGCUAGACGGAACGCGUCCGCUCAGCCGAAAUCAUUUAUCCGUUCUGUUAAAGCGUGCAAUCCGAAAUCCUGAACGAUUUCCACGUGGCUUAAACUCGACAGGUUAAACGCUCUCGUACGUUACCCACAAUGCCGUUCAGCUAGCUUACUGGUAGCGACGCAGUGGCUUCACGUCUACGUCGAGAGAGAGCGACGCGGUGGUGCGUUCAGUCCUUUAGUCUGUCGUGAGCUUCAAUAUCUCUGUUUUCCACCAGGGGGAGCGUUUCUGAAAAGCUCCGUUUCCGCCGUGUCUGCGUGGACGGAAGGCAAAAAAACGAAACAGUUGCGUUUUCAAACGUAUCCGGAUCAACGUGGACGUAGCCUCAGCUUCCAAAGCUUCUACUUUCACGCCAAGACCUCCACGUUGAUCCGGAUAAAUCUGAAAACGCGUCUUUUUUUCUCUCUCUCUCUAUUUAUUUUUUUUUGCCUUCCGUCCGCACCGAGAUGCCGUUUUUUUUUUUUAUCCAGCGAAAACGGAGCUUUUCAAAAAAAAACGCCGUCCCUAGUGGAUGGAUUUGAAAAUGGCGUUUCCGCGUUGUGGUGCGGCCCGGAGAAAACGGAGAUCGUGUCACGUGACGCAAGAUGGUGGACGAUGUUGCCGUGCGGUCGUCGUGCCUGCGCUCCGGUUCGAUCGCUUCGUUAAAGUACCUGUAAACACCACGCCUGUAAACGCCUGAUGGAAACGACGCAGGCCAACGUCUCUUACAGGGUUGUUUUUUUUUUUUUUACACGGUCUCGCGAUACAGGGAUGCGAGCGUUUUCCGACGUUCCGGUGUGGAAAAGCGAUUGUUUUGGAAAGCGUUGGGAAACGCCAGGGUGUAAAAACACGGGUUUGAACUACACAACGCGACUACCUAAACACAGCCGUGCACUCACGUUAGUCAGAGAACUACUCGGCUUAGGGAAUCGUAACGCCGCUUCUUUAAGAGCAGCGGAAAUGCAUGCGAUCCCCGAGCUAACGUAACUUAAGCUCCACCCCUUGCUGAGCCCAAGAAUGUCUGUUAGUCUCUAAGGAGCUUCUGAUGGACGUUCAGGAUUCUGACGCACGUCCAGACUAAAUUAUUAUUCAAUUAUUACGUCACGUCUCCGGGAUUAAAAUGAGCUCCUAGAUGAGAUGAGUCGCGUUUGUCUAGCAGUGAAACAGAGGCGCCAGAUGCUGCUUGUUUGUUUGUUUGUUUGUUUGUUUGUUUGUUUUCCCUCGACGUCGUCAGUGCCUCCGAAUCCGUACAGCGACCAAAGAGUUGAGACGCGGGCAAUCUCGGCGCUCCUCGUUCUGGAUUGAUCGAUCGUCAGUUUCCUCAAACGUUGGUUUGUUUUUUGUUUUGUUUUUUUUCCCCCAAGCUGCGUGGACGUGUGCGGAUUAUAGUCUGAGAAGUCUAUUUAGAUCAUUAGGAAUAAUGCAAAACGUAUAGCUGAGAUCAUCCGAUGUUUCUACAAUCAGAGCAAGCCGGUCGAUCCGUUCCGCAUGAACCAGAGAGACACAAUCAGAUUUACAGCAGCAAACGACCUUAAACCAAAGAAUGUGGUCACCGUUGCACAGAUGAUCAUAUAAUAUCCCCGCCCCCUUUUUUUUUUUUUUUUUUAAUGUUUCUUUGCAUGAUAUUUUCUACACGGAAAGUCGGUGAACGGCGUCCGAGAGCGUGACGGUGCCGAGCUUUCCUCAAUCCGUUCAGACAAAACCAAAGAUAACCUUCAAAAAUCAGAAGAAAUCAAUCGGUGAAAGGUCGGCCGACUCGUCGUAGCUCUUCUCACCGGAGGAGAAAACGAUAUUUUAUAUUCACCGACGUCUCGUUCCGUACGUCGCUGUUUUAAAGAAUAAAUAAAAGACAUGAUUUCCAGAAUAAAGUCGUGACAUUACACACGAGAAAAGACGCAAUAUUUUUGAGAAUUUUUAUAUAUUGAUAUAAUUGUGCCUUUUUUUAAAAAGAAAGAAAAGAAAUCCAAAUAGUCCGACUUUACUGUCGAAAUCUUGUAUUUUUUAUUUAUUUUAUUUAUUUUUUUAAACAGUGACCCUAAAAUGCCCUGUACGUUUCUUUCUUGGGAAACUUUAGUGAAAGUUCAGAGUAUUUUGGGGUGUUUUUUUUUUUUUUUUUUUUCUCCACGAUGCCCUGUUUUUUUUAUUAUUAUUAUUAUUAUUAUUAUUAUUAUUAUUAUUAUUACACUGUGAAUACAUGCGACUGUUUCAUGUACAUGUUACAUGCUGUGUUUUUAUUUCCUCUUUAUUGUGAUUGUUUUUUAUUUUCGGCGCGCGUGCGUUCCUCUACAUCGGAUCGGAUCACUCCACACGGGGUCCGAUCGCUCAGCUGAGCUCGGAUUCCAUUUUCCUUUUCUGUCCUUUUCUGUGUGAAGGAGUCGUUACAUUCACGCAGAAUGAGUGUCAGAGCUCGGCAGUGCUGCAGAGGAUUUACACACGCCGCUCGUUUCAGGAUGGUGUUUGAAUGUUUCUGUAUAAAGGGAUGAAGCGCAGGGUUCCGUGACGCUUCCUGCUGCUUCCCCACGUGUAGAGGAUGUGGACGGUGGUGUGGACCGACCGCGGAUUGGAUCGGGCUCUGGGAGCUACACACGGCUAAACUCAGGGCGGCUCCCAGACCUCCCAUGCUGCGGCCACACACACACACACACACACAUAUUCAUAUAUAUAUAUAUAUAUAUAUAUAUACACACACACACACACACACACACACACACACACACACACACACCGACACACACCUUGACCAUUGAAUGUACCUUGAAUGUUUGAUCUGACAGUGUUUUUGUUCGUUUAUCUAAUUUUUCUGUUGCAUUUUUAUUACUUAUUUGUAAACCCAUAUUAGCAUCAGAUUUUGUUUUCCUCUAUAACAAUAAUGUUCAAAUAAAAAAAAAAAAUUAUAUAGGCACAAAUUAAAAAGCCCAAAACUAUUUUAUGUCACAAAAGACUGAUUGCCAGAAUAAAUAAAUAAAUGAAUCCAUU